GUUCCACUUUGACGGCUGUGAGAAAAAUUUCAUAUAUUUAACGCGCGAAAUUUUCUCUAUUUUAGUGAAACAGCAACCUAGAAAACUUGUAGAAAAGUGCAAAAAAGCUCAAGAAAUACAUAGAAUAGUGGCUAGAGUUGUAAAAAGGUAGUGCGUGCACAUAGUUGCGAAAUAAAAACUUAUAAAAGCGUACACUGAAGUGUGUGGUGUGAAAGAAGUGUUCUUUACGUGCUGCGACCGUGUGUAAAAUUUUGUUUUGAAGACUUAAUUUUGCUGGAUUUCAUUAGCAGCGCUGAAAACAGUUUUUUAAUAACUAAUGUAUGGGAAUAUGAAUAAUGGUGGCCAUGUGCCAUACGGAUUCAAUGGUUAUAGACCGAGCGGUGCGCGGGAUACAGAUUUCACCUCAUCGUAUCCAGGUCCAUCAAUGAAUCGGCGCGGUUAUAACGAUUUUUCAGGCGGCGGUGGCGGUGGCAGCUGUGGUGGUGGCGGCGGCAGCGCCAUGGGUUCCAUGAACAAUAUGGCGCCCGCCAUCAGCACAAAUUCGCUGAAUUGUGGUAGCGGCGGCGGUGGCGGGGACGGACAUGGCGGCGGCUCGAAUGGCACAAAUCUAAUUGUGAACUAUCUACCACAGGAUAUGACAGAUCGUGAACUCUAUGCUUUAUUUAGGACAAUCGGUCCUAUAAACACUUGCAGAAUAAUGAGAGAUUAUAAGACUGGCUACAGUUUUGGUUACGCUUUUGUUGAUUUCGCUUCCGAAACGGAUUCACAACGAGCGAUAAAAAGCUUAAACGGCAUUACAGUGCGCAAUAAGCGUUUAAAGGUUUCAUAUGCUCGUCCUGGCGGUGAAUCGAUUAAGGAUACCAAUUUGUAUGUUACGAAUCUACCACGUACAAUAACCGAUGAUCAAUUGGAUACCAUAUUCGGUAAAUAUGGCAUGAUUGUACAGAAGAAUAUUCUAAGAGACAAAUUGACGGGCAAACCGCGUGGCGUUGCAUUUGUCAGAUUCAAUAAACGCGAAGAAGCGCAAGAGGCAAUUUCCGCUCUGAACAAUGUCAUACCCGAGGGUGGAUCUCAGCCGCUCACCGUGCGCUUAGCCGAGGAGCAUGGCAAAGCGAAAGCGCAGCAAUACAUGUCACAGCUGGGAUUGAUUGGUGGUGGCGGCGGCGGCGGAGGCGGUGGUGGCGGUAUGGGUGGUCCACCACCACCACCCAUGAAUAUGGGCUACAACAACAUGGUGCACAGAGGUAGACAAAAUAAAUCACGUUUCCAAAAGAUGCAUCCCUAUCAUAAUGCACAGAAAUUCAUUUAAACGAUGAGAAACUUUUAUUAAAUAAUCGUACAUCGUAGUAGUGUAUGUAUGAUGAACAAGAACGAUAAUAACUAUUGCUGGUAUAAGAGGAGCGCAGUAAGCAGCGCUUUUGAUGAUGUUGCUAAAAGAGUUUUUUUCUUUAUUUACGUUUUUUUUGUUUGGCAAAGCGAGCGCAUGAAGCAUUUUUAGAGACAAACAGACAGACAAUGCAAGAAAGCGUGGAAAGCUGAGCAAAUAUAAGUUAAUAUAAUAAUAAUUUAAAAUAUAAACGAAAUAAAAGCAUUUUUUUCCUAAACUUCAAAGCAAAAUAAAAAAAAACAAACACAAUACAAGCAGUUGUUAGAUGAACUAAUAUAUAAUAAUUUUUUUGUAAUUUUUUGUUUAACGUUUCCCAUCCCCGUACAUAGCAAUCUAUUAUUAUAAAAAAGAAAACGAAUAAUUCAAUAAUAAUAAUCUGUGUGGCUUCUGUUUACGCAACACUCUUGCUCUUAUAAGCAAAGUAGCGUCAAACCUGAGCCUUAAUUAUGAAAACCUAUGCCUGUUUUUAUUUACAAUUUUUUUUUUUAUUGUUUUAUUUUGUCGGUAUGAGUAUACCAGGUAACAGAUAAGUAGCUGCUGAUUCUCAAGAUUGCGGCAAUGUUUGAUGAAUAUUUUUUAUGAUUUGCCGAAAUAAUUCAUAUAAUAUAAGCUGAAUUAAUUGAACACACCAAAUUUUAAAUAACAAAAAUUAAUUGUAAAAUAUAAAAUCUCAAAUAAAUUACAAACAAAAAUUAAAAAAAAAUUUGCAGCUGUUACAAAUUAAGUUAUUGGCUAAAACAACACAAAAAAAAAUAUGUUUCGGCUUAUAAAAAAUAUUGUAUUGGCUAAAAUGCAGACAAAAAAUUAAAAAUAUUUUUUAUAUUUUUGAAAAAUAUUUCGGCUGAUAAAAAAAGUUAUUGGCUGGCUAAAACAAGCAGAACAAAUUUAAUAUAUUUUUUAAGUUGGAAAAAUAUUACGGCUUAUAAAAAAUUAUUUAAUUGAAUUCUUUUUUAUAAGCGGAAAUAUUUUUCCAACAUAAAAAAUAUAUAUUUAGUUUGUUUUGUGUUCUAGCCAAUAACUUAAUUUUUAUCAACUGAAAUAAUAAAAAAAAAUUAAAAAUAUAUUUUAAUUAAAAGUAUAUUUUAUUUAUUAGUUUAUAAUAAAAAUUUAGUUAUUGGCUAAGGCACAGAAAAUAAUUAUUGCGGCUCAUAAAAAAUAUAACAGAAAAUAAAAUUGAUUUUUGUUUGUCAAAAUAAAUAAGUGUCAAACGAAAAAUUUUGGUAUUGAUUAAUCGAAUCAUCAGCGUUUCUUAAACUGCAAUUAAUAUUAGUAUAAUUAUUUUUAAACAAUUUUCGAUUUUUUUUAUAUUCAUUUUAAUAUUCUUAUGUCGUAGUUGAGCGAUUAAUUGAAAGUUUUACAUACAUACAUAUAUACAAACAUGAUUGCUUUACAAAAUAAAACAACACAUACCUAUAUAGCAUAUAUCUAUAAGAGACCUUUAUUGUCCGAAAAUUAAAAAAAAAAAAUAUGUUUACUAGUGAACAUUUACUAAAAAAAUUAAAAUUAAGCGUGAUGGUAUAAUAUAGGUAUUUUUUCUUUGAAAGCAAAAUAUAAUGGCUAACUAUAAUCUAUAUAUGCGUUCGAUUAAAUUUUUUUCUUACUGAUUAAGGAAAGAAUUUUUCUAUUUUAAAUUUUUUUUUAGUUUUCCUUAAUUUUUUUUAAUAAAAAUUUAAUAAAAUUCAAUCUAAUUUUUUUAUUUAUUUUAUUUUUUUUUAUUUUUUUUAUUAUUAAAAAAUUUUAAUAAAAAAAAAAAUUUAUUUAAACAAUUUUUUUUCUGAUUUUAUAUUAAGUCAUUUUUUUCUGUAAGCGAAGUAUGCUUAGUGAAAGCAUUAGGCGCAGCGCAAAUAAAGC